GAGAGAGAGAGGAUCGAUUGCGCUUGCUCGCUCUCCUGUGUGUGUGUGUGUGUGAUCAUAUGGCCAAACCCUACAGCGUUCCUAUAUAAACCCUGUGCGUGGUGCCGGGCUGCUUCUCACACACACACACACACACACACGCGCGCACACACACACACACGCGCGCACGCUUCUUUCCAGCGCACUGCAGCUGCAGCCACACUGUUACGAUGUCAGGCGGAUGGGGAUACGCAGCGGACAACGGACCUGACAAAUGGGUCGAGAGCUUCCCGGUGGCCGAUGGACCCCGACAGUCCCCCAUAGACAUCGUGUCCGGGAAGGCGGAGCAUGACCCCGCGCUGGCGCCCCUCGCGCCCCGCUACGACCCCUCCACCUCGCUGGACAUCCUCAACAACGGCCACUCCGUGCAAGUGACCUUCGCCGACGACACGGACAGCUCGAGCCUGACAGGAGGCCCCAUUUCUGGCACCUACAGGCUGAAGCAGUUCCAUUUCCACUGGGGAUCCAGUGAUGACAAAGGAUCGGAGCACACCGUUGAUGGAAAAACGUACCCUGCUGAGCUCCAUCUGGUACACUGGAAUACUGCAUAUCCCAGCUUUGGAGAAGCUGUCGACAAGUCUGAUGGUCUUGCUGUCAUUGGAGUCUUUCUGGAGAUUGGUGAUGAAAAUGCUGAUCUCCAGAAGGUUCUUGAUGCACUGGAAGGCAUUAAGACUAAGAGCACACAGACCUCAUUUGCGGACUUUGACCCCACCACGCUGCUGCCCAGCUCUCUGGACUACUGGACAUAUGAUGGCUCCUUGACCACACCCCCGCUUCUGGAGAGUGUCACAUGGAUCGUGUGCAAGCAGUCCAUUAGCGUCAGCUCUGCCCAGAUGGAGAAAUUCCGUAGCUUGCUCUUCUCUGCUGAGGGGGAACCAGAAUGCUGUAUGAUGGAUAACUACCGCCCCCCUCAGCCUCUGAAGGACCGCAAGGUCCGCGCCUCUUUCAAGAUCACUGCAGCUUAAUGAAGCCCAGUGCGUGCUGCCUUUCCAGCAGAGUGAACCCAAAAAUCCCCUCUGGCACACAUACACACACAUGCCCACAUGGCACAGUACGUUCGGGCUUACUGAGAAGCACAUGCACACAUUCGCUAUACGCACAACGGAUUCUGUCAAAGGAGAUUUGCAGUAGUCCCAAUUUUAUCGCUUGUGCCUCCAACCCUUGAAAUAAUUGUUUUAGGUUUGCGUUUUGGUCUCAUCCACAGUGACGUAAAUGAAUUGCAGUCUUUCUGUGGAGGCUCAGGCAGUCUUAUGUUCUUUUUUGUAAUGAUUCCCAGAAAAUCGUUUAUGAACCAAUGGACAUUGCUGUGUUGUCCUUAAUCUUUUUUGACAAAAGGAGUUAGUCUUGCAAAAAUCAUGCAUACUAUUUUAGCUGUAGAGCACGCAGGUGUCGGUAGAAACCAACCAGCUAACAACAACACCUGAAUGUGUUCCCCCCAACCCCCAAGCUUGUCAUGUAAAAUCAUGGGACUAGAAAAUUGUCUUAUAUGCUUUUGUGAAAAUUAGUCAUUUCAGAUGAAACUGUAAGUGUCAGAUGUGUUGAUUGUGUUAGAUUAUGAAUACUGUUUAGGAUGACAUUGUGCAAUCUGCUAUUUUGGAAGAAUAUAUUUUAAUUAAAGAUGUUAUAUGACUAUUA